AUGACAAGAAUCGAUGCCGAUAUUCAGAUUGGAUAUCCAGAUCUUUUUGAGGCUGGUAGCCAGGCAUACUUUGAGAUCAUACGACACUGGCUGGAUACGUGUGACGUCCAGCAUAGAAACUGCCAACGGAAUAUCUCGAGAAACACAUCCGAUUGUGAGAACCCGAACGUUGCAUUGCGACGGGACUACUUGCCCACACGAGUCAUUGCUGUGGGAAAGCCAGGAGACAAAACUGUGCAUCUUCUGGAGACUAGACAGUCAAAACCUCAAGAUCGUGGGGAAUGGAUCGCACUUUCUCAUCAAUGGGGCAACGGGAGUCAAUUCUGCACCACCACGGCUAAUCUGAAGGCACACAUUGACGGUAUGGAUUUCGAAUUGCUACCUGCUACUUUCAAACACGCAGUCACGGUGACUCGUGCUCUUGGGCGGCCGUACCUUUGGAUCGAUUCGAUUUGCAUCAUACAAGGCGAAGGUGGCGACUUUAACCAAGAGGCUAAGAACAUGGAGCAAGUCUACAGUGGUGCGUAUUGCGUCCUGGCGUCGAGCAGAUCUCCAGGACACUACGCUGGAUUUUUGCAGAAGAGAAACCAGAGACAUACUGUUGUCAUGCGACAACAUGGGAAACCGGCGCCAUUUCAUAUCUCCGAGAUCAUUGACAACUUUGGAUCUCACGUUCUGGACGGGUCAUUGAACAAAAGAGGAUGGGUACUGCAGGAACAUGCACUCGCGCGUCGAACGGUAUAUUUCACUGAUCAUCAGACAUACUUUGAGUGUGGGGAAGGUGUUCGCUGCGAAACAAUGACGAAGAUGACCAAUGAACUGGCCACAUUCCUCGGGGAUCCAGACUUCCCAAAAGUAAUAAUGAAGGCUGACCAAGGAGAAAGAAUUCUUCGAUACCAGGAUCUCUACAGCACAUAUUCUCGACUCGGUCUUUCGAAGGAUCAUGAUCGAACGAUGGCAAUCGACGGCCUACAGGACAGGCUCCUUAAUACACUCAGAGUUCAAGGGGGCUUUGGUAUCUUCGACGAGGGAGACAAAGAUGGCCAAAAUCGGGGUUUACUUCGCCGAAGCUUACUAUGGCGCCGUGGAGCUGGUACUCCUACUUUAGACCGCAUCAAAUUUCCCAAGGACCAUCCCAUCGCGAAGGUACCCUCAUGGUCGUGGAUGGCAUGCAAAGGCGGGAUCGACUACAUAAGUCCGUCUUUUGGUGGCGUAGAUUGGGAAAAGAUGAGGUCGCCUUGGUCCAAAGCGACUGGAGGUUUCGAAAGCAAGAUACAGACAGAUGAUCGCGGCGGAGACGUGGCUCUGGUUGCCGAAGCCAGAGACUACAACCUUCUCAACCUUCGCGAUGGGCAAGGUGAAAUCAUUUUCGACCGCCCUGGUGAUUCCCAUCAGCCUUCAACAAAGUGCGUUGUCUUAGGAAAGCAGAAGGCGAUCGCUCCGUUGGGAGACAACACGAACAACAUGAGAGAUCAUUACCUCUUGAUUGUGGCGUCAACGAACAAGAGAGACAAGGAUGGGCACUUGAUCUACGAACGUGUAGGGGCCGGUUAUUUGCCUGGAAAGUUCAUUGGAUCAACUGGUGAAGAGGUCAGAAUUCAUUGA